AUGGCGGAGGAGGAGGCUUUGGGGUUCGAACACAUGGGCCUGGAUCCCCGGCUCUUGCAGGCCGUCACGGACCUGGGCUGGUCGCGGCCCACGCUGAUUCAGGAGAAGGCCAUCCCGCUGGCCCUGGAGGGGAAGGACCUCCUGGCUCGGGCCCGCACUGGCUCGGGGAAGACGGCCGCCUAUGCCAUUCCCAUGCUGCAGCUGCUGCUCCACAGGAAGGCGACCGGCCCCGCGGUGGAGCAGGCUGUGCGCGGGCUUGUCCUCGUGCCCACCAAGGAACUGGCGCGGCAGGCCCAGUCCAUGAUUCAGCAGCUGGCCGCCUACUGUGCCCGAGACAUCCGGGUGGCCAACGUCUCCGCCGCCGAGGACUCAGCCUCUCAGAGAGCCGUGCUGAUGGAGAAGCCUGACGUCGUGGUGGGAACCCCGUCACGCAUACUGAACCACUUGCAGCAAGACAGCUUGAAGCUGCGGGACUCCCUGGAGCUGCUGGUGAUGGACGAAGCCGAUCUCCUCUUCUCCUUUGGCUUUGAGGAGGAGCUCAAGAGCCUUCUCUGUCACCUGCCCCGGAUUUAUCAGGCUUUUCUGAUGUCGGCUACCUUUAACGAGGACGUGCAGACGCUCAAGGAGCUGGUCCUGCAUAAUCCAGUUACCCUCAAGUUGCAGGAGUCCCAGCUGCCAGGGCCAGAGCAGCUGCAGCAGUUCCAGGUGGUCUGCGGCACGGAGGAGGACAAGUUCCUGCUGCUAUACGCCCUGCUCAAGCUGUCGCUGGUUCGGGGCAAGUCCCUGCUCUUUGUCAACACCCUGGAGCGCAGCUACCGGCUGCGCCUGUUCCUGGAGCAGUUCAGCAUCCCCGCCUGCGUGCUCAACGGGGAGCUGCCCCUGCGCUCCAGGUGCCACAUCAUCUCACAGUUUAACCAAGGCUUCUACGACUGCGUCAUAGCGACUGAUGCCGAAGUCCUGGGCGCCCCGGCCAAAGGCGGGCGGCAGGGCAAAGGGCCCAAGGGGAACAGGGCCUCUGAUCCGGAGGCGGGGGUGGCCCGUGGCAUAGACUUCCACCAUGUGUGUGCCGUGCUCAACUUCGACCUCCCCCCUACCCCUGAAGCCUACAUCCAUCGAGCCGGCAGGACGGCACGUGCCAACAACCCAGGCGUAGUCUUGACCUUUGUGUUGCCCACGGAGCAGUCCCAGCUGGGCAGGAUUGAGGAGCUUCUCGGUGGAGAGAACGGGGCCCCCGCCCUGCUUCCCUACCAGUUCCGCAUGGAGGAGAUUGAGGGCUUCCGCUACCGCUGCAGGGACGCCAUGCGCUCGGUGACGAAACAAGCCAUCCGAGAAGCAAGGCUGAAGGAGAUCAAGGAGGAGCUCCUGCACUCGGAGAAGCUGAAGACAUACUUUGAAGACAACCCCAGGGACCUUCAGCUGCUGCGCCAUGACCUGCCCCUGCACCCAGCUGUGGUUAAGCCUCACCUGGGCCACGUCCCUGACUACCUGGUUCCUCCUGCUCUUCGGGGCCUGGUUCAGCUGCACAGGAAGCGGAAGAAGCCGUCUUCCAAGAAGGUCAAGAAGGUGAAGGCCCAGAACCCACUGCGCAGUUUCAAGCACAGAGGAGAGAAGCGCAGAGCCAGGGUGGUGCCCUCCUGA